AACCCACUGGUGCUGACCUCUGUUAGUGGCCUCCACCCACAUGUGCCUCUGCUAGUGCUCACAGGACACCUGGUGACAUGCUUAAACACGAGUGUCCACUCUGUGAUCGCUAAACCAUAGGAUCCCAUGGAACUACGCCCAACCGUGUGUCCUGCUUUGUUCUGUUUCCAUCUCAUUGGGACCAUGUUAAGAAGCGAACGCUGGCAGCUCCAAAUUCCCGAGGGCCCUGCAGACAGCUGGGGUGGGGCUGAUUUCCAGCUCUUCCUGAAGCCUCUCCCUUAUGUUAAUAAAGCUUUUUUCACGGGCCCAGCCGCUUGUGAGUUGAGGGGAGGUGCUCCGUCCAGCUGGAGUUCUUCCUAGCUGUCCUACCACAGCCCUGUCCUACUUCCUCCCUCCAAGGAAAGGCCCAUUCCUGAGGCCCUAAACCAAAUCAGGGCGUAUUGGUAACUUUUGAGACUCUGGGGAAAAUUAAAGACCUCUCUCUGGAAAAAACACACACACACAUUUGGUUUAAAAUGGGGCCUGGAAUCCCAUUCUUGAAUGGGGGCGGAGGGGGGUAUAUGUCGCAAGGCUCCUGGCUCUCUAAGAGCCUCUGUCUCUCCGGGUGGGGCUGAGAAGGCGGGGCUUUGGGCUUUCUUAUCUGCAGAGCCAGCCUGGCUUCCUGGCGCGGGGUCUCUCACUACGGGCUCUUUGCCAUGGGGUUUCUGCUUCCCCUCUCACUUCUGGUUUUGCUGGCGGUAGCUUGCCCGGGAGGCAGGAGCGCGCGGAGGUGCUGGGCUGCGCGGGCGCAAAGCCCCGGAGGCAGCUCUCCCACGCUCUCCGCGACCACAGCGCCGUUCUGGAUGCGCAUAAGCCCCAGUUUCAUAGCCGUGCGGCCGGGGAGUUCGGUGUGGCUCAACUGCAGCAGCAGCUGCCCCCUCUUGGAGGGUUCCGCCCUCCGUACUGGGCUGCGGCGGGGCCAGAAGCUCAGCGGGCCCAGCUGGAUCUCCUUCCAGCUGCUGGACGUAAGGGCCUGGAGCUCCGAAGUGCACUGCCUCCUCACCUGCGCGGGAGUAACGCGGGGGGCCACGGCCAGGAUCCACGCCUACAAACCGCCUCACAGGGUGAUCCUGGAGCCUCCGGUCUUGGAGGGCAGGGAGUACAUUCUGCGCUGCCACGUGACGCACGUGUUCCCCGUGGGCUUCCUGGUGGUAACUCUGCAGCGUGGCGGCCGGGUCAUCUACUCCGAGAGCCUGGAACGCUUCACGGGCCUGGAUCUGGCCAACGUGACGCUGACUUACAAGUUCCAGGCUUGGCCCCACGAUCUCUGGAAGCCCGUGACCUGCCACGCGCGCCUCAAUCUCGACGGGCUGGUGGUCGGCAGCAGCUCAGCACCUGUGACGCUGACAUCCUUGGCUUGGAGCCCUGCGUCCCAGGCCUUGGCUUCCACCUCCAUCGCAGCCUUUGUGGGGAUUCUUCUCGUCCUGGGGGCCGUCUAUCUGCGAAAGUACCUACUGAUGCAGUCCGAGGUGUAGAAGGGGAGGUCCAUGCCGGCUGAGUCGGAGCAAAAUCUGGGACAAUUUGGAGACCCCUCCUAAGCCAAUAAAGCCUUCCUCAGUCA